UGAAAGAGACGAAUUCAAAGAAUAAAACCCAAGUGAAACCUCUAACUGGCCAGACAAGCUUCCGAUAGUAUCCUUACUGCGACAUUAUUAGACGAAGGUUCUCUUACAUAACGCAAGAUCCAAUCAAUUUCUGUCAAAAUCAUCUCAUUUGAAAGAAAUCAUGGCGAUUCUGCAAAGAUGUUGCUGUUUCUCUAACGUCAGGGCUGGUUCUACUGCUUGCGGAGUCUACUCGUUGAUAAGCGCCUGCAUCUAUUUGGCAGUAUGGGCCCACCAGCUGGCUUUAUUCGUUGCAGCAGUCGAAUCAAUUGGAGAAUCAGGUCCAGGAGUUCGUGGAAUAUACGCGGCAUUUAGUCUUUACAUCAUCGCAUCCGUUUUCCUGAUCAUCGCGUCCAUUGUCCUUCUUGUAGGCGUGUCUAAAGAUAAUAAAGAGAUGCUGAUCCCGUACAUGGUAGCUAUGAUGCUGCUCAUAGUUCUUCAAGCCAUCGCCUGGAUUAUAAUAUUCGCCUUGCUCGGCCUGGAAGGUACUUUCCUAAUCGGUAAUCUUGUGGGCUGGUUGCUAUUCACUGCCCUCAACAUAACUUGUCUCCUGUGCGUUAUUUCGCAGUAUCAGGAGCUUCGAGACGGCCGUGGAAAAGCAAGUGAUGUGGCGUAAACAGAAAUUCACGAUUUGAAAUAUCAACUUUUCCCAUUUCUUCCAAGAGGCUAAUAAGUGAUUGGUUAACAUUGGUUUGACUUUUAAAAAAUCUGAGCUAGAAGGUUAUACUAGUCACCUGUGUCU